UCCAGUCAAGCGCUCCGGUAUCUUCAGUCAUUCUUCAGUCUUCAGUCUCGAUGUGCUCGCACACUCUCACCCGCACGUGAGGACGGCAUUUCUUGUGGUUGUGUGUUGGUUUAAUGGGAUACUUUGCCACCAGAAGUGCACCGACAAUGGAGAGGUAUCACAUAUUCAAAUUAGGUCUGGCAGUACUCUUCUAUGCGGCGUACUGCAUACGACCUAUGGUGGUCCACGGUCAAAAAAUCGACAACGAAGUACACACAGACAACCAAACGAAAAAAUUCGAUGAAGAAGAACUAGUUUUUUACCAAGGCGUCCAAGGAAAACCGGGCGUCGACUUUCCUGUUUUGUCCCACAUUCCUCGGACUAGCUUCAACUGUCGAGACGUCGACUCUGGGUACUACGCGGACUUGGAAACCGACUGUCAAGUUUUCCACAUCUGUGAAGAAAACAAGAAAAUCUCAUUCCUUUGUCCCAACGGGACAAUUUUCCAACAAUCUGAAUUAAUCUGCGAAUGGUGGUUCAAAGUCAACUGCACCAACUCUCCAAGCUUGUACGAAGAAAGCGCAGAACAACUCCGUGAAGAAAACGCUAAAAGAAAACUCUCCCGACGGGUUCAAAACCAUGGCGCCGUCAUGCGAACUGAAGAAAGAUCGUCAGUGUCGCGAGGUUUUGACAAUAGAUCUUCCAAAAAGGUUUCUUCGGAAAAUAGAGCCAAUAAUCACGCACCAACGUACAGAGACGAUUUCGAUCAAAGCAAUGAUCUGUCAAGAUCUCCGUCUUCAGAUUUCGUCAGAGAUAGGAAUCUGAACCAGCCGACGCCGUUCCAGAAGCAGAACAGAAAUGAAGAACCAAAUCGAUCGAACCAAAGGGGGCGAAAACCGGUUCAGUUCCAACAUCAACCUUCGGUUGACAACGAAGAAAGACGGGUGGUACCGGCUAGGAAAAAUUCGCAACGUGCGGGCACGAGAAGGCCUGUGAGUACUGGAAGGAUAAAUCAAGAACAAGAACAAGACUUAGAUUAUGAUUUUGGACGCCAAAAUGCUGCCAGAAGAAAUAAUAAUAAUAACUAUAACGGCCACCAAGCUAGUUUUAACGACAGAAAAGAAAUCAGGGUAAAUCAAGACCAAACACAAGACGAUUUUAGUACUAAUAGAAACCUAGAUUAUGAUUUUGGGCGACAAAACUCUGCCAGAAGGAACGAAGAUAGAAAUAAUAAUAAUAACAAUAACGACAAUCAAGCUAAUUUUAACACCAGAAACGAAAAACGAGUAAAUCAAAACCAAGCACAAGACGAUUUUGGUACUGAUAGAAACUUGGAUUAUGAUUUUGGACGACAAAACUCUGCCAGAAGGAACAAGGAAGAUAGAAAUAAUAACAACAACAAUAAUGACAAUCAACCUAAUUUUAAUUCCAGAAACGAAAAAAGAGUAAAUCAGAACCAAGCACAAGACGAUUUUAGUACUGAUAGAAACUUAGAUUAUGAUUUUGGACGACAAAAUUCCGCCAGAAGGAACGAAAAUAGAAAUAAUAAUAAUAACAACAACAAACAUAAUGCCAAUCAAGCUACCUUUAAUAACAGGAAAGAAAAAUCGUUUGUUCCAAGUCAAAAUCAUCAACCAAAUGGUUUUCGACAGUCAACUUCAUUUGGUUCUAGGACUACUGAAUCAGCAAGAAAUAACUUCAACUCGUUUCAACAGUCAAACAGAAAUGAUCAUUCGCGCCGAGUUAAUACAGGUUUUUCACGACAAUUUUCGUCGGAUCAUGAUCGCGAAGUUACCAGUACUACCGAGAGUAGCAACUUCCAUCACUCAACGUCGUUCGUCCACCAAAAACCCACAAACCCAGAGACCACUACUGCAAGUUAUUCCAAGAUUGACUCUGGAAGACAAAGAUUUGAUAACCAUAAUUAUGACGAUUACAAUUCUGGUACUACUCAAACACGGACUUCGUUUACUUCCAGUAAUCGUAAUUACGACAAUUUCAAUUCUGGUACUACUCAAAAACCGACCUCAGUUAAUUCCAACAAUCAUAAUUAUAACGAUUUCAGCUCAGGUAAUACCCAAAAACCGGCUUCAUUUACUCAUAAUAAUCAUAAUUAUGGCAACGAUUUCAACUCAGGUACUACUCAAAAACCAACUGCAUUUACUUCCAGUAGUCAUAAUCACGACAAUUUCAACUCAGAUAGUACCCAAAAACCGGCUUCAUUCACUUCCAACAAUAACAAUUAUGACAACAAUUUCAACUCCGGUGGUACCCAAAAACCCACUGAUUUUACGUCUAGCACCUAUAACUAUGACGAUGAUUUCAAUUCCGGUACCACUCGAAAUCAGGGUUCAUUUAUUUCGACCGAAUUCAAAGUGCAAAUUAACUCAAACAAACAAGAAAUAAAUCUAAACACCGAUAAUAGAAGCUUCAAAGAACAAACUAUCGGUACUUCAUCCACCGACAGUGACAAAAAUUACGUGCCAGAACCAACUCAAAGUACUCCCAACCAAGAAACGAAGACUUCUGUUUCCACAAACCAGCCAGAUGUUGUGAGUACCGGAACUCAAAAACCGGUCAGUACUAACCGCAACAACAAAGCGUCCACUUUUCCCAACAGCCGCCAAGAGAAAGCAUUUAGUACUACUUCCCAGCAAAAGAAGUUGAGUGGUAAAGACGGUACUUUGAAACAAAAAAGUACCGUAGCUUUGACCAAAAACGACAUUAUUAAUCGACGACUUGAGGGUGGUGAUUCUGACGAAGCCCAAAUCACCCAAGAAACCGCAUCGUUCUAUAAAAACUCGUUCAACCGAAUUGACCAGAACUACAAAUCGACGUCUCCUAAUCCGUAUCCCAAUCAUCGCGAAACUUAUAGUGAGCUCAAGGAGCCGCAGUACUACUCGACUAAAACAUUUUCGGGUAUUUCUUCCGUGACGCCGCAGUACUUGACAACGCAGCCUAUCAAUAACGGGAGACCGUUUGUGGGAAGUCAAGUGGGUACGACUUUGAGGGGUACUGAUAAGAGUAAGAGUUUUGGUACUACUGUGAGUUACUUUACUACGACGGUGGCUCCUGAUAGUACGACUACUGAAAAUCCUACUACCACGAAAGUAGUACCAAUUUCGUUGUUUAACACUGGAAGGACUGACAAAAGUUUGCGUCCCACUGCACUGUCGACUGCGUCUGCAUAUUCUCCAAAACCAGCUGCAAAUGUAACAGUACCGCCUCAAGGUUCUUUUAAUCUUGGCUCAACGAGUACUUAUCGUCCGAAAACCGACAGUAGUACCAGUAAGAUAAUCGACCACGCUACUGUCUAUGGAAAGUUUGUUAAAAGUGACGUUACGACUCCGUCUGCCGGAAAAUCCACAAUAGUACUAUCCAAAUCUCUAUUUGGUGGAGUAACACCCACUCCGUUUUCGUUACCAAUUACCCAGAAAACUCUGACUACGUCGUCGGGUAGGACACUAAUUUCUCUCUCGAAAUCGGUGUUCGGUGGUGCCACUCCAGCACCAUUUAGUAAAUCUACACAAUUCCCAAGUAGUACCGCUAAAACCUCGGCUGAAAUCUUGAGUGUUUCUGAUAGUUUUAACAGAGGAACGCCUCAAGUGCGUUUCUUUGGGAAAGUUCAAACCACUACGAAAAUCCCGGGGGUGGAAAUUCACGUCAAUGGAAAUUCUAUCGGGUUCACCACACCUAAACCAUUCAGUAAAACCACGUCUUCUGAUACUGGAAAAUCGUCUCCGUUUGGAUUUAAAUCGUUCAGUACUACGUCCAAGCCGUUUAGUAGUAGUACCCCAGUCCCGCUCUCCGCACAAAAUCAUGGCGAUUUCGAGUCUACGUUCAAGAGUGGUACCACACCGAGCACCGUUUCGUCGUUUGGUACCACAGUUAACCCGGAGUUUAAUUCAGUUACACCUCUGAGCUUCAGUACUUAUCAUCCUGAUUUCAAUUCCGUAACACCCACCACCUAUUUCACAAGCACGAUAAACGACUUGGUCACUCCUACCGUUUUUAAUAGUUUCGGUACUGAAACCCCUACUCAGAAAUCUUUUGGUACCACCUACACACCUCAAACUAAAGUUUCUGGUUUCUUUGUCACCAAGAAUGCUGUGACCGUACCUACGCAACGAAGUUUGAUUAGUGAUAUAAUUCGUCCACGACCAUUCCAACUACCACCAGAACCUAAUUUUUCAGGUAAACCCAUAUACACUUCCACUACUACUGAAAACGGACCAACUCCAACGUACCCAACGUACAAAAUCUCCUCAGCUAGUCCUUUCGCUAACCCAUCCACCCCCGAGCCAACACAACCCACCCCAUUCACCACCCCUCAACCCACCCUACCAUCAACUUUCGAAAACGUGGACAGUAUGAUCAGCGCGCUGGCGGAAAUGGCAAGUCACAACAACUACUCGAGUGACCCUAGACCAGGUCUGGUGAUUCCCCCAUCCGCUGGUCCACAAACCCUCCACACGCUUGCGGUGUACUUUGCAAAUGCUUUGGACGGAAUCGCCGCAGAAAAGGAAGAAGAAGAAGAACAAGAGGAAGAGAAGGAGGACGAAGAUAGUCUGACUAAGUUGGAACUGGAGAAGAAGAGAUUGACGGAACUGUUGACUCAGAUGACGAUGGAUCGCUACAACGAGCUCUUCAGCGAGGAGAACGAAGGAAACGAAGAGACGACGACGAUAACGUCAAGGGUCAAAAGCGACGAAGAGGAUUUGGAAGGGCAGCACUCGAAGGGUCCGGCACAAGCUACCCCUAAAGUGCGUCAACUGGCCAAAGUUUUCACGCAAGCGUUGUCUUCGUACCUUGACGAUCCUGCCACUUUUAAAAAGGUACUGGAGGAGGUACGACCCACGGAACCGCCGGCGCUAGAAAACGAAGAUACGGAUUUGGGGGAUGAUGAGCUUUUGAAUUUUUCGGAUGCGGAUUCUAAGUCGAGUUUUCCUCCGUUCUUUCCUACGCCGUCUGCUGCUAGACCGACUUGGGGGUACUUGAUUGCGUUUAACACCACUAACAGUUUGGACGUGAAGAAUUCGAUUAAUCCGGAUUUGGAGAAUUUACAAGGUGCCGAUAGUCAGUCUUUCGUUUCACAAUUUAAUAAGUUGCACAAUUCCAACAAAGACGAUGUUGAAAGUACCACGAAAAGCUCGACUCAGUUGCCCGAUGACCACUGGACCACGUCACCAGACGUGGGUAAACUAUGGAAGAAAGCUUUCUCGUUUGAUCCAGCGUCGAUUAAUGAGAAUUUUGGAACGACUGAGCCAAUUCCGGUUACCACGGAAGCAGAAACAGAAGAACCGGAAUUGACUAUCAAGUACGAGUUGAGGGCUCUUCCACAGCUCGAGCUUAAUUCGACUCAGGUUCAUGGGAUUUUGAUCGACUUUAUGAACACCACGGGGAAGGACGACGACAAUCGCUUGCAAAGGAUUUUGAGGAAGUUGAACACUACGGAAGACGAGUUUUUGGAGAAGAUGAAGGAAAUUGAGAAUAAUCCCUUGACGAGAAGGUUGAUUCUUUUGUUGAUUAGCGAAUGUGGGAAUAGUACGAUGCAAGUGGACACUAGUGCUGUUCCUGUACACACUUUUUUGAGUCGUACCGUGAAUAGUACUGAGACUCUUGAAACGUCGAGUUCGAUUGGGGGUUUUGGGGUGAGGCACCACGAAGACGCGACGAACUCGGACCUUAAAAUCGUCGAUCCGAGUUUAAGCGAAGACAGUCAAGAUGCUAGGGCCUUGCAAUUGUUGAAUUCCUUGUACACUAUAGCUUCGAAGUUCGGGAAGUAGUACCCGGAUUUGUAGCCACCUAAUGCUCAUUAUUGCCGAUUUUAGUACUGUAAAGAGUGUGAAUGUUGUUUGUUUGUCGUGUGAUACUAGUUAUGUUGUAUUUUAUUUUAUUUAAUAUUUUUGUAUCGAUACUUGUUAAUUCCUAUCAUUUUGACGAUUCUGUAUGUAUGUAUACACAACCGCUGACCGUGUGUAAAUUUUGUAAAUAAAUUGUUAUUUUAUA